ACGCAUAAGUUGCAUGGAGCCUGGCUUUUAAGCAGUAGCCAAGUGAGAUAAUCGCGCCUCUGGGAUGCCAUGAACAGCAGGAAAGUAAUCUGGUACUCCUACGUGCUCUGGAGCAGCCUGCUCGGCGACAGCCAAGCACAAGUUAUGGCAGUAGCUCCUCCACAGUUUGGAGUGAACUAUGGCCGCGUCGCCAGCAACCUUCCCAGGCCAGCCGAUGUUGCCAACCUGGUGGCCGGGGAAGGGAUCAGCAGGGUGAGGAUUCUGGACAUAGAGCCAGCGGUUCUUCGGGCAUUUGCACGCUUUGGAUCCCCGGUGAGAAUGUCCGUCACCCUGCCCACCGAAAUGAUCUUCGACGUGGCCAUGAGCGAGAGCUGCGCGCGUGCGUGGUUCUACCAGCACAUCUUCCCUUACAGAGCCCAGAUCGAGACCAUCCUCGUCGGCAACGAGAUCCUCACGCUGCACCAAGAGAUGGCCAGGCUCCUGGUCCCGGCCAUGGAAAACUUGCACCGCGUGUUGGUCAGCGUCGGGAUGAGCCGAGCCAUCCGGGUUUCCACAGCUCACGCCAUGGACAUCCUGGACAGCACCGAUCCUCCUUCCAGCGGAUCGUUUGGGAGCAAGUACCGCGAGACCCUGCGAAGAAUGCUCUACUUUCUGCUCGUCACAAACUCCUCCUUCACUGUCAACGUCUACCCAUACUACGUCUACCAGCAGGACAAAGGCCGCACUGUCUCUCUCGACUACGCGCUUGGAAACGUGAGCGCCGACGCCAUGAUGGAUCCACACACUGGCCUCAACUACACCAGCCUGCUCAAAGCUCAGCUGGACGCCGUCUACUCGGCCAUGACCAAGCUGGGCUACGGCGGGGUGCGACUCGUGGUGUCCGAGACGGGCUGGCCGUCGAGCGGAGGAUUUGGGGCCAGCAAGAAGAAAUCCUGUCACUUCUUCUGCAACCUCCUUCAGGAGGUUUCUAGCGGAGCUGGGACGCCCUUGAGACCACACCACCCUAUUCAGGCUUACCACUUUGCGCUCUUCAACGAGAACCUCAAGCGCGGCGCCGUGGAGCAAAACUUUGGUAUCUUCUACCCCAACAUGACCAGGGUUUACCCAUGCAUUUGCUCCGAGGGAGUUGACUAAAUGACCAUGCAGUCUACCAUGGUCAAACGCACACUGAUGACUAAGCGUGGAAAUGAAAAAGCCUGU